GGAGAUGGAGCAAGUGUGUUUCACGAGAGGAGCUGAGCUAAGCAUCAUUAUAAGAUGGUUAUUCUCAACACCUCCAUCUCCGUCCGACCGCCGGACGGAUUAGUAUCUAAGAGAUGGAGUAUACUCAUGCUAAGUGUACCCUUUAUAUCUCGACCCAGCGGAAAGAAGUCCAUAUCCAUGAUUACAAGCCCAUUCACUACCAUCACACCGCAUAUCAAUCUGGUCGUUGCUCGUGGUGCUCUUAGCAUGCUCUGAGCAUGUUCUAUCCACCAGACCGCUUGACCCAAAAAUACUAUGCAGC